AUGAUAUGUGUCUGUCAAGAGCCCAACUCGUCGAGCACUAAUACGCUAGCCUUUGGGCGGCCGUGUAGCGACGGGAAUGUGCACUGGCUGCUUUACGAUAUUUCUCUAUCGGAACAGACGCCUAAGUCUGUCAGGUUCUCAGCCCCAGUAGCUUCACCAGUUUUCGACACAAUAAACCAGACUAUAGAGAUGGAGGAAAAUAUAUGGAGCUAUACAACGUUAGAUUCUCUGUCUUUUAAAUCUGGAUUACACCAAUUUACUCUGACUAAACGACCCUCACGCAAAGUAGAGUCUUAUGUGUCAUUACGUUCGCUUUUAGAAGACCAAAAGCUAUCCUCAAGGGAGAGGAUCUUAUUAGCAGCACCAUUAGCCGAGUUCAUUUUGCAAUCGGGCACCUUCUGGCUUGAAUCUCGUCGCCUGAGGCUCAUUGACUGCUUCUUUCUCCCAAUUGUUGGCAGCGAGGAGAGCCAUGCUGAGGUAGACAUAAGCCGACCAUUCUUUGCGAUCUCUCCCACUGAAUCAUCUGCAUACCUAGAUGACAACGGCUGGAAGAACUUUUUCCACACCCACCCUUUCAUCUUAGAUCUCGGUGUGCUGCUCCUGGAACUCGAGUAUAAUGUCAUAAUAGACACCAUGAACAGCAGCGACCGGUCAGGAAACAUAUAUGAUAACUACGCAACCGCAUGGGAAAUAAUAGAGAGUCCAAUCUUCAAACAACAGGUAGCUAAGAGCCACCAAUCUGCCAUUGCGGCAUGCCUCCGGUGCGAUUUUCUCCCGGUCGAUACUCAGCCUGACGAGGAGGAGUUUGGACACCUGAUCCAUGACUACAUUCUGCAUCCCUUAAAGCUUCAGGAGUACCUCGAUAUCAUCGAGAAACCUAUUGAAGAGUUAGACGAAAGCGAUCUCGGAACUGCCACUAUUGAAAAGAGAACUUUUGAUCAAGAAGUCGAGCCACGAGGCAGGGAACCUCAAGGUCGAUGGAGACAGCUGGGGACUGUGUUAAACGAGAGACUUCAGUUGUUAGACGAACCAGAUGACGAGGUUCGAAAGAGGGUCUUUUGGAUCAGUCAAGAUCUGUCCUAA